GGGUUUUUGAUUUUGGCUUCGUUUUUAAGUCUUUUUCUCUUCGUUGACUUUGGGGUUCGGGUACCCCCUCUGCUUCGGGCUCCCGAGGACCUUCUGGGCCCCCACAUUAAUGAGGCAGCCACCUGGCGAAUCUGACAUGGCUGUCAGCGACGCGCUACUCCCGUCCUUCUCCACGUUCGCGUCCGGCCCAGCGGGAAGGGAGAAGACACUGCGUCCGGCAGGUGCCCCGAAUAACCGCUGGCAGGAGGAGCUCUCUCACAUGAAGCGACUUCCCCCGGUGCUUCCCGGCCGCCCGUACGACCUGGCGGCGGCGACUGUGGCCGCAGACCUGGAGAGCGGCGGAGCCGGCGCAGUUUGCGGUGGCAGCAACCCAGCGCUCCUACACCGGAGGGAAACGGAGGAGUUCAACGAUCUCUUGGACCUGGACUUUAUUCUCUCCAACUCCCUGUCCCAUCAGGAGUCAGUGGCCGCCACAGUAUCCUCGUCGGCUUCAGCCUCAUCCUCGUCCUCCCCGUCAAGCAGCGGCCCAGCCAGUGCACCCUCCACCUGCAGCUUCAGCUAUCCGCUCCGGGCCGGGGGAGAUCCGGGCGUGGCGCCAGGCGGCUCAGCCGGCGGCCUACUCUAUGGCCGGGAGUCUGCACCCCCUCCCACGGCGCCCUUCAACCUGGCGGACAUCAACGACGUGAGCCCCUCGGGCGGCUUCGUGGCUGAGCUCCUAAGGCCCGAAUUGGACCCAGUGUACAUUCCGCCGCAACAGCCGCCUCCGCCAGGGGGCGGGCUGCUCGGCAAGUUUGUGUUGAAGUCGUCGCUGAACGCCCCCGGCAGCGAGUAUGGCAGCCCGUCGGUUAUCAGUGUUAGCAAAGGCAGCCCCGACGGGAGCCACCCGGUGGUAGUGGCGCCCUACAGCGGCGGACUGCCGCGCAUGUGCCCCAAGAUCAAGCAGGAGGCGGUCUCCUCGUGCACCGUCGGCCGGCCCCUGGAGGCACACCUGGGCGGCGGACCCCCACUCAGUAACGGCCACCGGCCUCCCACACACGACUUCCCUUUGGGGCGGCAGCUCCCCAGCAGGACUACCCCGACCCUGGGUGCCGAGGAACUGCUGAGCAGCAGGGACUGUCACCCCGCCCUGCCGCUCCCCCCUGGCUUUCAUCCCCACCCCGGGCCCAACUACCCACCCUUCCUGCCAGACCAGCUGCAGACGCAGGUCCCACCGCUCCAUUACCAAGGUCAGUCCCGGGGACUCGUGGCUCGGGCUGGGGAGCCCAGCGUGCGCCGACCUUCUGGGGCGCACGGGGUGAUGCUGACCCCACCCUCUUCACCCCUAGAGCUCAUGCCACCGGGUUCCUGCAUGCCAGAGGAGCCCAAGCCAAAGAGGGGAAGAAGGUCGUGGCCCCGGAAAAGAACGGCCACCCACACUUGUGAUUAUGCUGGCUGCGGCAAAACCUAUACCAAGAGUUCUCAUCUCAAGGCACACCUGCGAACCCACACAGGUGAGAAACCUUACCACUGUGACUGGGAUGGCUGUGGGUGGAAAUUUGCCCGCUCAGAUGAACUGACGCGACACUACCGCAAACACACCGGGCACCGCCCCUUCCAGUGCCAGAAGUGUGACCGGGCAUUCUCCAGGUCGGACCACCUCGCCUUACACAUGAAGAGGCACUUUUAAAUCCCAAACAGUGGAUAUGACCCACACUGCCAGAAGAGAAUUCAGUAUUUUUACCUUUCACACUGUCUACCCGGUGAGGGGAGGAACCCGGCUGGAAAGCACUACAAUCAUGGUCAAGUUCCCAAAAGAGUCAACUUGUGAAUGGAUGAUCAGGAGACAUGAGGAAACCAAAAGACAAAAAAAAUUAAAGAACAGAUGGGGUCUGUGACUGGAUCUUCUAUCAUUCCAAACUAAAUCCAACUUGAAUAUUCCUGGACUUACAAAACACCAGCGGGGUGGGGGGUGACUGGAAGUUGUGGAUAUCAGGGUAUAAGUUAGAUCCGUGUGUUGGGGGGAGGGAAGAGCACAUUCCCUUGAAUUGUGUUUGAUGCAAUAUAAGUAUAAAGAUCACCUUGUAUUCUUUUUGCCUUCUAAAAGCCAUUAUUAUGAUAUUAGAAGAAAAGGAAGAAAUUCAGGUACAGAAGAUGUGUUUUAAUAGCCUAAAUGAUGGUGCUUAGUGAGUCUUGGUUCUAAAGGUACCAAACGAGGAAGCCAAAGUUCUCAAACUGCUGCAUACUUUGACAAGGAAAAUCUAUUUUUGUCUUCCGAUCUACAUUUAUGACCUAAGUCAGGUAAAUACACCUGGUUUACUUCUUUAACAUUUUUUUUAUGCAGACAGUCUGUUAUGCACUGUGGUUUCAGAUGUGCAAUAAUUUGUACAAUGGUUUAUUCCCAAGUAUGCCUUAAGCAGAACAAAUGUGUUUUUCUAUAUAGUUUCCUGCCUUAAUAAAUAUGUAAUAUAAACUUAAGCGAACUUCUAUUUUGUAUAUUUGUAAACUACAAAGUUAAAAUGAACAUUUUGUGGAGUUUGUAUUUUGCAUACUCAAGGUGAGAAUUAAGUUUUAAAUAAACCUAUAAUAUUUUAUCUGAACAAUGAUUUUGUUGUUUUGUUUUCCCUGAAAAAGCAUGUAACAAACUUCAUUUUUAAACACUGGGGGAAGGGAUGUGAAAAGCUUACUUUCUGUCAACAGAGCUUAAAAGACUUUGGAAGGGAAGUGUAAAAUAGAGUGCUAAAAAGUCUUUCUAGAAAUUACAGAAUUAUCUGAAACUUAACCUGGUUCAUGUCUGUUCUUCCCAGACAAAUACUUGUUAAUUGGUAUUUUAAAGGUACAUCAAAAAGUUUCCUUACCUGAAUGAUCUUCCGGGUCAAAACAGCUUAAUCAUUCUUUAAUUUGCCCAGUUUAGUAUGAAAAUAUUCAUAAAAUAAACAUACACAUUCCCGUUUUACAUGUUAAAACUUCUUUAUAGCUUGUCCUUAAUUAAAAUUAAAUGAAAAUAUAAAAAUCAUGUCUCUGCAGAGGCCUGGUUUUGCACUUACAAAACAAUUUGAGUAAAGAACCUUCCCAUGGCAGACAUCUGUAAGAGUGUAGUUCCACAGUGCCCUCCUGAGGACUGGAAGAUUCAUUGUGCUGUGCGUGUUAUUGAUAUCCUUACUUCUACUAAAGGUAGCCCUAAGAUGUCAGAACCAAAUUUCAUCAGUCUGUCUGGUGGAAGAAGGCAAACAGACAAUUUAAACAUUCAAAAUUCGCAAAACUAAGUGCAAAGUAGAUUUAAGUGAUUAUUUUUUUAAUAAGUUUGUAGCAUAUUUGUACUUGAGCUUAUUAAAGCUUAAAAUAGCCCUGAGACUUUUGGGACACUGUAUUACAGUUACGUGUUUUAAGGUGGAUACCCAAGAGUUCGAAGUUCAUUGUAGCUGUCACAAAAUGGAGAAAGCAUUUGUGACAUUUGUUGACACCA